GAUGCACCAAAAACGCACCACGGCUACAGAGUAGAGCCUGAUCCAGACUGAAUGCAGGGAAGCCCAGCCUUUAGGAGAUCAGCUCCGUGUUCAGCGUGAUCGUCUCGCGCUUCCUGUGCUCGUGCUCCUCCAGAUAAAGGCUGUUAUCGCCCCUCCUGCCCCCUCGGGACACCCACUGGGGGCAGCAGCAGCAGCAGCACUGGUUGGGGGAGCAGCUCCUUUAAAGCACCUGCCUGUAAAGGAACAGAAGCAGCACCUGGCAGGCGGGCGUUCAGCGGCGCGCAUGCGCAGAGCGCAGGCACGGCGCUUUAAUAGAGGAGCGACGGCGCUCAGAGUGAGUGGCCUUCAGCGCAGCGCGGAGGGAAGGAGGAGAGAGAGACACUGAGACAGACACACAGAGAGAGAGAGACGCAGAGUCGGUCAGCGCCAGACAUGCCGCGCUCGUUCCUGGUGAAGAGUAAAAAGGCGCACAGCUACCACACACCGCGCAGUGUGGAGGAGGAGUACAGCAGACUGGAGGCGCUCAUAGCGCACAUCUGCACAGACAGUAAGCUUGCUGAGGAGCCAGAGUGCUCCCCGGAUGGCCGGUCAGACCCUGCCGGAGCCUUUUCUCCAGACCCGGCUGAGCUGUGCUCCAGAUCUCCUCCUCUCAGCUGUGGCGGCAGCGUGUGUGACCGCUCCUCGGAUUAUGAGGACUUCUGGCGCCCACCCUCACCCUCAGCAUCACCAGCAGACUCUGAGAAGUCUUUUUCUCCGUGUGGGGACGAAACACGACCGUUUGCUGUCCCCUUUGGCUCUUACCCAUGGAACUUCAGCCAUCAUCAUCAUCACCCGCUGGAUCCAGAGAGGAGUUAUUACAAUGAAAGGAUGGCUGAGCCUCCUCUCUUCGGCGAGAGAGGACCUGGGACAGGUGUUUACGGCCACUAUGAGUCCACUGCCAGCCUGUUUGAGCGGACCACGGCGCCUGAGCUUUAUGUGGACAGGAAUGUUCGUGGAAAUGGACCUGAGAUGAAGACUGACACAGCCACGCUGUGUAGUCGCCUAAUGCUGAAUGGAGCUUUUAAAUGCAUCAAGUGCAGCAAGGUCUUCUCCACACCACACGGCCUGGAGGUCCACGUCCGGAGGUCCCACAGUGGAACGAGACCUUUCGCUUGUGACAUUUGCGGGAAAACCUUUGGCCAUGCAGUCAGCUUGGAACAGCACAGAGCUGUUCAUUCGCAGGAGAGGAGUUUUGAUUGUAAAAUCUGUGGGAAAAGCUUCAAACGGUCCUCCACCCUGUCCACACACCUCCUGAUCCACUCGGACACAAGGCCUUACCCGUGUCAGUACUGCGGCAAGAGGUUCCACCAGAAAUCGGACAUGAAGAAGCACACGUUCAUCCACACAGGGGAGAAGCCUCACAAGUGUCAGGUGUGUGGGAAAGCUUUCAGCCAGAGCUCAAAUCUGAUAACACACAGCCGCAAGCACACGGGCUUCAAGCCGUUCGCCUGCGAGCUGUGCGGGAAGGGCUUCCAGCGCAAGGUCGACCUGCGGAGGCACAAAGAAACCCAGCACGGACUCAAGUGAGGGGCACCAGGGAGCCACCCGUAUUCAGACAAACCCCGCCCGCCUGCGCUGGGAGUGGGUCGCGGUUCAUAUUCGCGAACUGUAAGACUACCGAGGGGAAACUCAGUGAACACUGAAGGAACACAUUGAAAGGGGUUCCUCUGGUGCUGCGAGUCGUAGAACCCUGUUUUCAAAGCUAAGGUUGUCCUAGUCUAUCCCAGUAGCCAGUCCUAGCGCGGGGGGCGGGGCUUGUCUGAAUACAGGUGCGGAACAAAUGCUUUCUUAACUCCACCAAACACUGAAGGACAGUUGUGUCACUGUGCGGAGCAGUGAAGACCAGCCCGGUCACAGCGGAGGCCGCAGACCUGUGUGUGUGUGUGUGUGUGUGUGUGUGCUGUGUGUGGACAGUACAGUCAGCAGCCCAGCAGGUCUGGCAGCGUUAAAAAAGCAGCUCUUUCUCCGCGACGCUUCAUCCAAAGUGACGCCUGAUCGAUGUAUAGGUCCUUAAUAAUUAUCGCGAUAUUUGACCUUUUAAAUAUCGAUAUUGUCGCCUGCGCACUUAAAAAAGGCGGUUCUUCAGCGGUUCGUUAGUAAAGGAGCUCUAUGGAGCCACUUCAUGCUUAACGGGUUUUUUGCGUGGUGAGAUGGUUCCUUAGAUUGAUGGAGAAUAUAUAUAUAUAUAUGUUUGUAAAUCUAUAUAUAUGUAUAUGUAUGUAAUCUAUAUAUAUAUAUAGAUGUGCUGAAAAUAUGCACCAAAAUGAGUUAAUAACCGUUUAAUAAGCACAUCUACAGCAUGUUCUCCGUCAGUCUGAAGAACUUCGUCACCAGGCAAAGAACCGUUUAAGUAUGUAAAGGUUUCUUUGAGUGUUCAUGGGUCUACCGGUUUCUUUACUAUGGAACCUUGAAGAACCAUCUUUUUUAGAGGGUAUUAAAUAAACUAAGCUGGAUGAGAAACGUCGAGUUUUUGGCUGAAUCUCAGACCAGGUGAGCGUCCCGGUGUCUGAAUGAAUCGAGACCCUCCAAAUAAACGAGGCUAAAUCAGUGACAGUCAGAACUGAACCGGUUACACAUCAUCGCUCCACUGGUGUGUGUAUUUAACACAGUGAGCAGCAGCUGUGUGUGUGUGUGUGUGUAUGAGAGAGAGAGUGUGUGAGAGUGAGUGUUUGUCUCUGUGUGUGUGUGCGCGCGCGCGCGCGCAAUCCGAACCCAAAAUAUUAUCACCAAAAUAGAGCGCUGGCGGGCGGAGGACUAUCAGGGCUGUAGAUCAGCUGAGGAGCAGAAAUCAGCGCAGCGCGGAGCGGUGCGGGCAAAACAGCCCCGCUCAGACCUGAUUUCUCUGUUUGGGGUGGACAGAGCGCCCAACCGAUCUGACCGCUGCUCACGUAUUUUCCACCCGUGGGCCUCACCUCUGCCUCCUCUCCUCCUCCUCUCCUCCUGCUCUCCUCCUCUAACCUGUUUUCUAGUCUUGCAUACAGGCGGUCUGUGUCCGUAUGGCGGAGCUGGAGCUGUGGUCAGCUGUGGUCAGCUGCGGUCCACUUUAGAUGUUUUAAUGAUUACAUUUUUGUUUGUCUCGCUAUUUAUUGUUGAACGUGGUUUGAAUAAAAAUGACUGAAAUUAA